CGUUUCCAGCUACACGGGGCUGCAGGGAGAGAGCCGCUAUGGCUGACGGCGCGAGCCUGGAGGCCCGGCUGUGCUCGGAGCAGUACGGCUCCGGGGCCGCCCGGGGCUGCUGCGCCGCUGUCGACGGGAGCCUGCAGUGGGAGGCCUGGGGGUGGCGCUGGUGGGGGUUCUCUGGGGCUUUCACAGCAAAACCCGAAGGACCAGAUGGGGGCGGAGAGGGGGCUCCCGCGACCGCCUCAGCACCUCUCUCCCGGCUCCUGGCCUUGUUCCUGCCACAGGGCUUCCCCGAUAGCGUCAGCCCGGACUAUCUGCCCUACCAGCUGUGGGAUUCUGUGCAGGCCUUUGCUUCCAGCCUCUCGGGCUCCCUGGCCACCCACGCAGUCUUGCUAGGCUUAGGGGUAGGAGACGCAAAAGCCUCUGUUUCAGCUGCCACGGCCACCUGGCUCGUGAAAGAUUCGACUGGCAUGCUGGGCCGCAUCAUCUUUGCCUGGUGGAAGGGGAGCAAACUGGACUGUAAUGCCAAGCACUGGAGGCUUUUUGCUGACAUCCUCAAUGAUGUAGCCAUGUUCCUUGAGAUUAUGGCUCCUGUAUACCCAAUCUGUUUCACCAUGAUCGUCUGCAUCAGCAACCUGGCCAAGUGCAUUGUAAGCGUGGCUGGUGGUGCCACUCGGGCUGCACUGACCAUGCACCAGGCCCGGAGAAACAACAUGGCUGAUGUGUCAGCCAAGGAUAGCAGUCAGGAGACGCUGGUAAACCUGGCAGGGCUCCUGGUCAGCCUCUUGAUGCUUCCCCUGGUGUCAGGUUGCCCUAGCUUCAGCCUUGGUUGUUUCUUCCUCUUCACUGCCCUCCACAUCUACGCCAACUACCGGGCAGUCCGAGCCCUUGUCAUAGAGACCUUGAACGAAGGCCGGCUCUGGCUGGUCCUGAAGCACUUCCUUCAGAGAGGAGAGGUUCUUGGCCCCACUUCAGCCAAUAGGAUGGAGCCACUGUGGACAGGUUUCUGGCCAUCUGUGUCUCUAUCCCUGGGGGUCCCCCUACACCGCUUGAUCUCCAGUGUCUCUGAGCUGCAGCAGCUGGUUGAGGGGCACCAAGAACCCUACCUCCUUCGCUGGAACCAGUCACAAAACCAGGUACAGGUAGUUCUGAGCCAAAUGGCAGGCCCUGAGACCGUCCUGAGGGCCGCCACACACGGGCUGGUGCUUGGAGCCCUGCGGAGAGAUGGGCCCCUCCCAAGAGAGCUGGAGGAACUGAGGAACCGAGUACAGGCAGGUCUCGCGAAAGAGAGUUGGGUCAUCGUCAGGGAGACGCACCAUGUGUUGGACAAGCUGUUCCCAAAGUUCUUGAAAGGGUCAGCCCAGAGUCUCCUCCCCCAGGGUCCUGGCAGCACUCCCAUGACCUCUCCCCAGGACUGCAGGAUGCCGGUUGGAAGACUGAGAAGCACCAGCUAGAGGUGGAUGAGUGGAGGGCCACAUGGCUCCUGUCUCCAGAGAAGAAAUUCUUGUGAGCAGCCCAGACAGAGGUCCAGGUCCCAGGACAGGAGCCUGAAGCAAUGACACUUUGGCCAUAGCAGAAUGUGGGAAAAGCAGCUUUAUUUUUACUUAGGGGAACUGCUUGGCAGGUUGGCCAAGACCUCACAGGAAGUGACUGCCAGUCCGAUGGAGUGGACCUCAGGCAGAGACAGGUGAAGAGAAGGGAAACCAGGGCCUUCCUACUCCCCCUCCUGCCCCACUCCCAUCUCACCACUGCAGGCUCCCCACCCCCACUCAUUGUAAGGCUGAGCCCUGCCCUGGCUGUGUGGCUCAUGGUGUCCAACACAGUUGGCCUCAGGCAUAAAAGCCCCAGAGGAAUGUGGCCACUGCCAUCAUGAGCAGGGCAUUGAGGUUGACCACACGGGCCCAGCUCGGGUCCUCACUGAUGUCUUCUAGCCGCCUGGCUGCUGCAGCCACCUCCUCCUGGGUGGGAGCUGACAGACUACCUGCCCCAGCCCUGCUCACUCCACAGAACCAGAGCAGGCACUGGCGGAGCAGGCCUGGUGCCGAGGACCGGGACUCUGGGAAAAAUUGAGGCCCGAUAGUUAGUUUCAGGAAACUUGGUUCACCCAGUUCCCUAGCCCCACCUCCUUGGGCAGUGCCUUACCCUCCAUUUCUACUACAUGCUCGGGGCACCCGUUCUGUACAGGGGGUGAGAUUGGACCUUCCAGCUCAUCAGCAUCCAGGUCCUCCCGCUUCUCCUUACUGUGCCGGAGACUGAAAACCAGGCGGUGAAGCUGGGGAAGGGUGGGAGCAGGGACCAAGUGGGAGUUCUGUUCCCCGACCCGAGACCCCGAGGUCUGUUGUCCACAUUGGCACCCCUAACCUCCUCCCUAUCCAGCCUGCACACCCAGCCCAGGCUCAGCUCACUCAGAGCCAACCUUCCAUGGCUGUCCUCAAACUAAACCCAAGCUCCUCUUGGUCCUGCUCCCCCCAACCCCCGCUUCAUCACCCCAGGUUCCCUGUCUACACUCACAGUUGUAGUACUAUACUUUAGACUCUAGUCUUCGAGUCCUUACAGUGUUCCUUCCUGUGGGUAUUUGCUCAGUUUCCUCCUGCUGCCUUCCCCCUCUCUAAGGAGGAAUCCUGCCCAUCGUUCCCGGCCCAGCUCUUUCGUCCUUCCCUCCAGUCAGCCCUGCCCUGGAGCAUCUGCCCUGCAGCAGCACAAGACCAAACCCUUUUGUGGGCUUUCAAGAUAGUCCUCCGUCUCUCUCAGCCACCAAUCACAUCCUGUGUGUUUUCAGUCCCAAAGGCCAUGCCAAGGACUUUCAGGGGCUUUAAUCACUUCCCUCACAAUCUUCAAGCCACAUCCCCCCAAACCACCUCAAAUAAAUGUCAUUUAAAUAAAACAUUGUGCCUGCUUUGCAAACGGAACUUCAAA